AGUGGAUGUGCGCGCGCAGGGCGGCGACAUGGCGGCGGCCGAAGUUUGUGCGGUUUGUUUUUGUGGCUGUUGUUGUCGCUGUUGCCGCCGACUGAGGGGCUGCUGAUUGUUCCCGAGCCCCCGCGAGCAGGCGGGCAAACCGGGGCCGUGAGAGACGCGCGCACACCCCCAGAGAGAGAGAGAGAGAGAGAGACCGAGAGAAAGGAAGCGGAGAGAAGCGGCGGCGCGGGCCGAGCCGGGCCGGGACCGGGGAGCAGGAACAUGGCCGAGCCGCGCCGAGUGUCGCUCACGACGCUCCCUCUGUCCGCUCCUGUCCGAAAGAAGAAGAAAGAGGAGAAGGAGGAUGAGGAGGGCGAGGGGGAGGAAGAGGACCGGGACCAGGCGGCCGCCACAUCCCGCUUCAGACUCGCUCUCUUCGAGUCGAGCGAGAAGAACUGCCCCGAGUUUUACUACCCGGAGUUAAUCCGCGCCCGAAAGAAAGCUGCGAAUAAACAUUCUGAUGAUCCUUUUAAUGAUGAGAAAAAGGAAGAAGAAAAAAUCGAAGCCUUGGCUAAGAAAUUUGAAGAAAAAUACGGCUCUAAAAAGCGCAGAAAGGAUCGUGUCCAAGACUUGAUCGACAUGGGUUAUGGAUAUGAUGAAACUGAUCCAUUUAUUGAUAAUUCUGAGGCUUAUGAUGAGCUUGUUCCAGCCUCCCUGACGACUAAGCUUGGCGGCUUUUACAUCAAUAGCGGAACUUUGCAAUUCCGGCAGGCGUCUGAUUCUGAAGUGGAUGAUGACUAUUUAAAAGAGAAAAAAAAGUUAAAAUCUCCAAAGAAACGAAAAUUAAAAGAUGGGAGUGAAAAGAUGAAGAAAAAAAGAAAAGAAGAUGGACACGAGAAAGAGAAGAAAUCUCAAAAAUCUAAAAUUUCCAAACAGGCUGGGUUCAUGCCACUGAACAGCCACAAAGAGGAGAAAAAGAAAAAGAAAAAAUACAUGGGAGCUUUGGGUGUGAGAGAAAUGCUGAAGCAAUUUGAGAAGGAGAAAGAAGCUUUGAAGAAACGAGAAGACCAAUGGAACUUGCCUACCUUACAGACUGUGGCUCGCAUCCCUCACGAGGCUAACAGCGGCUCCAUUAACAUCAGUGUUUCCGACCCUCUGCUGUCACUUAUUGGCUCUGCUAACGAGAGCGAUCUCCUACAGGUGGCCAGUACUGUAGAUCUAGAAAUCGAUCUCGAUCAGUUUCUGAACGAUUCUUCUCCAGAGAGUCCCCUUAAUGAUUUUGAUGAAAGCAGCGAUCCUUUGCCUGCAUUCCAAUGCUCAUUAGAGGGGCAAACAUCCAGACCGGUUCCCACGCUUCCUGAUCGACUGCCAGCAGUACUCGAAAAACGCAUUAAAGAUCUGACACAGGCUGCCAAAGCCUCAGGAGAAGGGAAGCAGAAAUUUUUCACACAAGACAUUAACAAUAUUCUGUUGGAUAUUGAGCUACAAUCCCGUGUGCUGAACAGCCAGGCUCGCUCAGGCGUUUAUGCCCACUUGGCAUCCUUCUUACCAUGCAGUAAGGACACUCUGGUCAAAAGAGCAAAGAAACUGCAUCUGAAUGAGCAGGAUGGCCGGCUGAAGGAACCCCUGCAGAGGCUUCAAGAAGCGAUUGCCAGAGCAAUGCCAUACCAGGUGGCAAAGUACCAGGAUGAAUGCCAGGCACACAGCCAAGCCAGAAUGGCCAAGAUGCUUGGAGAAGAUAAAGACCAGAAGGAGCGAACAUAUUCUGAUGAGGAUGAUGACGACGAGAAGAUGGGAAAACGAGUCAUGGGACCCCGUAAGAAGUUUCACUGGAACGAUGGCAUCAGAGACUUGCUGUGCAAUGUGGUGAGAAUAAAGAUGGCUUCCUAUGAACCGGAGAGAAACCAGUUGCAGGCGGCAGAAGACUUCCUAAAGGCUUUCCUUGAAUCUGAGGUCAAACCACUUUGGCCUAAAGGAUGGAUGCAAGCGAGGAUGUUGUUCAAAGAAAGUCGGAAAGUACAUGCACAUAUCACUUCCAUCCCCACCAAGAAAAAGAUCAUUCCUGCACCAAAGGCUAAGGUGAAGGAUCAGAUACUAAAGACUGAACGGAAAUUUGUAUCCAGUACGCCAGUUAAUUCUGGGAGUGCAACCUGCGCCACCCAGGGACUUGGCAACAUAUCUGUGACCCCAAUCAAUGUGUCCAUUUCCUCCAAUGCUGCUCAGAGUUCCAGCAGCACCACAACCCCUCAGUCUUUCAGUUUAGACGAUUCUCUUGACGGGGACGUGACCAAUAACCACCCUUCUCUGGAAGACGUCUCUGAAGCAUUAGCUGCUCUCAAUGAUGCUGCAGGAGGUAGCAAGGACUUCAGUUCAAUAGUCUCUAAUUCAAUGAGUGACAAAAUCCCUGCCGUGGUAUCAUCAGAAGAAAAGAAAACUGUACAGAAAUCCCUGCCUCCCUCUUCUGCUCCUUCACCCGUGCAGUCACACUCGUCUCUCAAUCUUCUAGCUGAGCAGGCAUUGGCUUUGGGACAGCUCUCUCAGGAAAGGACUUCAGACAGCAUCACUACUGGUCUUGUAUCUGGGUUUAAAAGCCAUUCUUCUCCAGCAAACAGCAAAAGUCUGACAGAAACUCUCCAAACGAAGCAGAAACACCUUUGCUUGCAGCGUACACCUCCGCUUCAAGUUCAAAGCCACAUGCAGAGCCAUGCUGCCAAGCAGUACCACCCCACCUCCCAACCCCAGAAAAGUUACUCCUCCUCGCCCUCCUACAGCAUCAGCAAACUGCAGAGCAGUUCACAGACUAAAACUACCAGCCAAGUACAACAGCGUCCAUUAAUCCAACACUUAAAAANCCCAGCAAAGACCCACAGCUUCUAUUCUGUCUCAUCAUCUUUAUCAACCAGCAUGCAGACUUCUCCUAGUUCACAACGAACGCUUGGCACUUCAACACUUUCUGCCAGUUAUACAGCAAAGCAUGCCAACUCACUGAGUUCCUCAAACCAGACCUUCAAGUCUCCAAUGACAAUUGUCGCAACAAAACAUUCUGCCCCCUCGGGUAACCCUAUUCAAAGUGCAUCCAGUGUUCACAGCUCAAUCUCCAGCAGUUCUCAUCUAAACAGUCUAAAUAGACGCUCUUCAACUCCUAGUCAAGCCACAAAUCGUCAGUCCCCCAACAUCAGUAUAAAAAAGCCCUCCAUUUCUCAGAAACUUACUCUGGUGGCUCCCCCUGGUGGAAGCAAUGGAGAUUCAAGUAGUGGGACGCAGGGAGUGGCUAAACUGCUAACCUCUUCUCUUAAACCUUCAGUUACUGCUUCAACGGCUACAGGAGCAAUGCUGUCUCUGCAGGCAGCCACAGGAACAGGGCUACUUGCCAACUCUCCGUCUUUGAACCUUCUGUCAACUUCUUUUAAUACAGCAAACCCGAAAAUAACAACCGCAGCACUGAGCCAAGCCUCACUCGGGAUGAUGCCGGGCAUUGUUCCUAUGCACUUUACAUUCCCUACUGUUCUAAUAGGCUCAGAUUCUACAUCAAAAGCAGGUGUAUCAACAGAUGCAAUAGUCACGGGACCUGCACCAGGGACAUUCCACCAUGGCCUUGCACAUAGCAUUUUCGCUGGCUUACACUCUACUCCUCAUCAUGCAGUGCAACUUCCACACCCAGUACUGCCCACCCAUAUACAGCAGUCUCUUCAAGAUGGCAACCAAAUCCAUGGUGAGACUUCUAACAUGCAGCGUAAAAUACAAUGACCUCUGGCACAAACAACAGCUGAAUGAAAUGUGCUGCUGUGGGAGCUUUAGUCCAUGUUGGAGGAAAGAGCUGAGCUGAUGGGCUGGAUACCCAACACUGGAAGUGUUCUGUGAAACUUCUGCCCUUCCAUUUCUAGGGCAAGGAGAAUCUGCUGUGUGUGUAUGAGACUGAUGACCAGAAAGGCCUUGGACCAGCAGAAGCAAUGCUUGAACAAGUGGGAAGAGAGAGCUUCACGUGGGCUGGCAUACAUCAUAGCGUCAAAGUGUACAGAAUGAUUCUUCCACUGAAAGUCUGCGUGGGAAGAGUUGCUUUCAGCUAGGGUAGUGCUGGUCAUUAGAGGAAAACGUGCAGUGAUUUUUCAGAGAUUUAGGAGCUAAAAAGAGUUUAGGUUUCUUUCAGUAUUCUGCUCUUUCCAUUAAGAUUAAUCCUACAUGCAAGAGUAGGCCUUAAUUAAAGCUUUUAAUUUCUCUUCAGGCAACAAUGUUGAGUACAGACGGGCGAGCAUUGUCUGGGAUGGUGGCAUUAUGACACAUUUGUUCACACACUGUCUGAAGCAGUGCGUGUGUCUGGCCUGAUUUCAAGCCAACUAUUGGGGUUGGAGGGUCAGGGGAGCUAGUGAGAAAUGGCGUUAACCACACAGGGCCUGACAAAAAGCCAUCAGUCUGCUAGAAUUUGCUGCUUAAUAGUGUCAAAGUUCUAGCUAGUCUUGAUUUCUUAGGAACACUGUGUAGUGGAUAUAAAUUUACGGGCGUCGAUCAGAUCAAUUAUGAAAAUCAGUGUACAUUAAGUUUCUAUUUAUUGCUGUAAUGGCGAGCUGUUUCCAGGAACAUUUGCAGUGUUAGUGUUCUUGCACUUCUGGUGCACUGUGAACAGGUCCACAACUCCUAGAGCAUUGGUGUGAACAUUGUGUGCAAGUGGUUAGACACACAACUCAAAUGAAUUUGAACUGUGAUAAGAUAAUUAGGGAUUUAAGGGUUAAUGAAUCAAAGACUGGCAUUGAUUCAUUUCCUUUAGAAGUUGAUCAAACCAACCUCUGUUGCCAUCUGCAAUGUAUGUCAGCAGCAAUCAGGCCAGCCUCCAAUCCAGUAGUCAACACAAAGCCAUUUAUCUCAGAGGUUUGUACUCUUACAGCUCCUUGGAGGUGCAGAUCCAGAAAUAGGUUGGAGCUAUUGGGGCUCAUGCCUUUGGCUUUAACCCCUAAACUACCAUGUGGUCUGUAAUAAUGAUAUCCAGUAUUGUAAAAUGUACUGGUGGUAGGAGUAAUACAAUUACAGUGCCUUUCCUGUAGCAGAGAAAAUGGAAAGAGUGAGCUGUGCUGAGAUUUCAUGCAGCCUUAGUCCCUGUAUAACACUGGAAACUGAAUGAUAAUAAUAAACUACAAGAUGUGUUUUUUUAGACGGAAAGAAAAGACCCGUAGUUCAUAAUUUGACACAAUUGAGUUGAUCAGCAAGGAUAUGGCACCGAGUCGGCAGAAAAGCCAAAGAUUUUUUUACGUCAGAUGUGUGUGGAAAGUGGCCAUGGGUGGAUCAUUUGAAAGGGGGUUUUUGACAUUUUCACAGACUUUUUAACAUUUAAUUGCUGGAGUGCUGCAGUUUUAUUUGAUACUACGAAGAGUGACUCCGAGGCAUGAUAAAUGUUCUACAGAAACUCAGGACUUGAACAUUGCUGGAACUGUUUUUUGUUAAUGAAGUUUAGCUGUCUACUUGAAAUUGUAUAAUCAUUCUGAAACUGUAAAUUAUGAUGUACUAGGAACUGCAAUUUGUUUUAAUUAAAAGACAUUACUUUGAACAAAGGUGCUUCAUUGUAUAUGGUUUUAUUUGGACUUGUCUUUGUACUUGUUGCAGGAUGAAGAGAUGGCUGUUCAUGUUACACAAAGGGAUGUCAAUAAACUAUAGAAACUUUUGGAUAAAAUGGUA